AUGGAUUGGAAGCACGGAAUCUUGGAUGUGGAUUUACUAAGACAGCUUCUUUCUUUCCGCUUCUUCGCUGGCCUUGGAGGCAGCGCACCGUUGUAUGUGAGCUUCAUAUUUGAUGCCCACAAAGUAUUUGAUCUGAUUGACUUCCACCUUCGGGUUGGCGGUGGUGUUCCAUGCCGUCCAAUCAUCAUAUCCGAACUCGACCUGGAGAUAAGCGUUCUGGUCUUCGCAAAUCCUCGCAGCGUUUGCACCGCAAGAGAAAAGUGGAGCGUAUUCAUCCCUCGUGUCACCGCGGGCACUGAUUGCGCGUUUUUCAGUUUUACAUAGCUUGAGGACCUUGUUGACGUGCUUUGUAGUGGUUGUCACCGGUCAUUUCUCCAAUCGGAAGUGGAAAAGGAGCAUGAACGAAUGCAGAUGCAAAUGUCGAUGUCGAUGUCCAUUGUAAUGCGAUUGACGGGUGGCGUCCACUGUCUCUCUGCUCACACCAUACAACCAAAUGUCAUGUCAUGGUUUUCCCUCUCUGCAUGCGUAUGCU